AAAUAAAUAAAAUUCAUGUCGCGUAAUCAAUUAACCGAAAGAGCCUCGCAGUGGAUCCGGGUGUGUGAAAAGGCGAGAAAGGGGGCGUGCGCGCAGAGCUUGAGAGCCAGAGUCACGUGGCCUGGCUCCUGGCCUCCCAUUGGUCGGAGGCACGUGUCUGGGAGGACAGUGGGGAGACGUCACUCAUUGGGGGCUUCUCGUAUGGAAAAUAAGAAGCAAACUCCAGAGUGAGAGUAUUAAGAGCAUCACUUUUUUUCCUCCAGCCUCUUUAUUUAGUUUAGCCGAAGCCGUUCGCCGCGCGCGGACGUCUCCGUACAUGUGCGCCGAUGGCUCGGGCGCACUUAUAACGGUAGCAGCGCGGGGGGCUAUGAUGUCCAAAAAGUAUGCUUUUUAACGAGGAGGCUACCCCAAGGCUGAGCAAGUCGAUCACUCGCCAUUGUUAAAUUUUUUUCCCCCCUUUUUUUACGAUUAAAUCCCCCCCGAACUUGUGCAUCUGAAGCGCGCCGGAGGAGAGCGACAAAGGGGUUAAACGUAAAGAGAGUUUCAAAAAAAAAAAAAAAAAAAGGAGAUGGAAGAGAACGAGCGCGGCAGCAGAGACGAGGCGGAUCGGCACGGGUCGGCGGAAUCCAACAGGGCCAUCCUGCCUCUGCUGCAGGCUCAGGGCAACGCGCAGAACCCGCACCGGGUCACCAAUUUCUUCAUCGACAACAUCCUGAGGCCGGAUUUCGGACGCAAAAAAGACACCGCAGCCAACCACCAGCACCAGCACCGCCGAGGGGAGAGUACUUUGUCACCCCCGCCGCCGCCACCGCCGGCAACGGAGAGCCUCGGCAGCCCCGCGGCGCAUCAGACCGAGCCGCUGGACAGCACUGUGCCCACGGAGGGCACUUCGACGCCGCACGCGGACACCGGCGCCAAGGAGCUAGCCAUAGCCGCCGAGGAGCCCCUGAAAACCCACGGGGAGAGCGGAGACCAGUGCCUAAACUCGGACUCGGACAGUUCCCAAGCCAGCUCCAACGCAGCCCCGGCUCAGCAGCCCAUGCUGUGGCCCGCCUGGGUGUACUGCACCCGCUACUCGGACCGGCCCUCUUCAGGUCCGAGAUCGCGCAAACCAAAGAAGAAGAGCACCAGCAAGGAGGACAAGCGACCGCGCACGGCCUUCACCGCCGAGCAGCUGCAGAGACUCAAGACCGAGUUCCAGACCAACCGUUACCUGACCGAGCAGCGGCGUCAAAACCUGGCCCAGGAGCUGGGCCUGAACGAGUCCCAGAUCAAGAUCUGGUUCCAGAACAAACGCGCCAAGAUCAAGAAGGCCAACGGGGGCAAGAACACGCUGGCCCUGCACCUGAUGGCGCAGGGCCUGUACAACCACGCCACCGUCACCAAGGACGACAAAUCCGACAGCGACUGAACACCACACCCCGUCCUCCAAUUUUUUUUUUUCAAAGUCUAUCCUAUCACACAGAAAUAUAAAGAAAGUCUACAAGAGUAUAGCGAAGCCAGUCCACAUCGAGUCCCACUAUAGAAAUAUUAAGAUGCAAUAAUAUCAUCCAGCAACCAGGGCCAGUCGAAGAAGAAAGAAUAUACCAGCAUAAAUCCAGAGUCUGCAAUAUCACGUCUAAACAAAAUGCUGUAUAAAGUUGUCACUGUCCGUUUCCAAUGCCCGAGCAGGAGCUUCAAGUUAAUGUAUUACUUAUGAAUGCCAGUACACACAUCUAUAUAUAUACACAUAUGAUAUAAUGAUUGUCAUUUUUACAUCCGGCACUUCUAUAUGAGAAGAAACAAGUCCAAAGAAUGUGUUUUUUUUUUUUUUUUGCUGUCCUGCUGCAUCAAUGGCUACUGUGAAUUUAAAAUGCUAACAUCAUUUUGUUUUUGAAAUCAUAUGAAGAGAGACAGAGAGCUCUAUGGCAUUAUUUUCUAACAUGUUGCUUUUAUAUAUGUGUGUGUGUGUGUGUGUGUGUGUGUUUAAAUAGCAAUAUCAAAUCACCGCUGUGUUCAAAUGAAUGACUGCUGCCUCGAUAGGUGACCGUGUAGCAUUCAACCACAAGCACUCAUGCAGCUUGUGUUCUCGUUCAAUCGACAGUAUUUGAGGACUCAUCAUGGCAAAAAAAAAAAAGAAAGCAUCCGUCUGUGACUGUAUUUAAAAAAAAAAAAAAAAGGCUUCGUGUAUUUAUAUAGAUUCUAUUGAAAAAAAAAUCUAUCCAAUGACCGGUGUUGCUUUAGAGUAGCUAUCUGAGGUGUUGACACUUGCUUGUUUAUCUCGCAAUAACAUUUUUUUUUUUUUUUUUUGGUGAAUGGAAAAUGUGUUUACGAGGCCUUUUGCAUGAACGCUGCAACUUGUUGGGCUUUUUUUUGGGGGGGGCAAACGACUGUGUUUAUCAAUGGAGAAAACAAGUGUGACCGAGCUAAGGCUGUACUAAUCUGUUGGGGGGGGGGGGGCCACAAAAAACAAAUUCAACCAACAAAAAUUAUUUACUAUGAGCAUUUCGGGGGAAAGAGGGGCUUUUUUAUAUCACUGUUUGUCGAAUUGCUCUCAGAGAACACGUACGGCCCACGGGCCACAGGUUCCCCAUCCUCGCCAUACGCCAAAUUUCUUUUUCUUUGCCUUUCAAAUGUGUUUUUUUUCUGUUGCGCAUCUGCAAAAAAAAAAAUAAGUGUGUGUGAAUUCAAAACAAAACAAAAAAAUAUGAUGACGAUGAUGAUGAUGAUCCACCAAACUGAAACACACUUUGCCUUAAAAAGUCCCCGGGUGGACUUUUUCAUGAAACGUUAACUGUGCCGAAUCAGAAAAGCAGUAUUACUUCACACA